AUGGCUUCACGCAUCGACCGAAAUGGCGCCAUCUCCCCGGCCGAGUCUCUGGUGUCUGUCGCGACGACGGCGACGCAAGGCACCAAGCGUAAAGAACGCGAUUUUGAGGACGACGUCGGCGAAGAGACAAACAUAAAUGUCGUGGUCAGGUGUAGAGGACGCAACGAGCGAGAGGUCAAGGAAAACAGCGCUGUUGUCGUUACCUCGGACGGCGUAAAAGGGAAAGCUGUCGGGCUCUCUAUGGGUCCAAAUGCGCUGAGCAACAAGACGUACACCUUUGACCGCGUCUUCUCGCCGGCGGCAGACCAGAGCAUGAUCUUUGACGAUGUGGUCAAGCCAAUUUUAGAUGAAAUGCUAGCCGGAUACAACUGCACCAUCUUUGCCUAUGGACAGACUGGCACUGGAAAGACUUACACAAUGUCCGGCGACAUGACCGAGAGGCUGGGCUUUCUGUCUGAUGCCGCAGGUAUCAUACCUCGAGUUCUCCAGACCCUCUUCAACAAGUUAGAAGGUGACGACACUGAAAACUGCGUCCGGUGUUCCUUCAUUGAGUUGUACAACGAGGAGCUACGAGAUCUUCUUUCUCCGGAAGACGGCGUGAAGUUGAAGAUCUUCGACGACACGUCACGCAAGGGACACGCGACCACUGUUGUUCAAGGCGUGGAAGAACGUCACAUCUUGAGCGCCGCAGACGGAAUCAAACGCCUUCAAGAAGGCAGUGUGAGGCGACAAGUUGCUGCCACGAAGUGCAAUGAUCUCAGCAGUCGCAGUCAUACCGUCUUUACUAUCACGGUGCAUGUCAAGAAACCAGGCGAGAAUGGUGCAGAAGACUAUCUCAGCUUGGGAAAGUUGAACUUAGUAGAUCUGGCGGGUAGCGAGAACAUUCAACGAUCGGGAGCAGAGAACAAGCGCGCGGCGGAGGCUGGUCUGAUCAACAAGAGUUUGCUCACGCUAGGCCGAGUCAUCAAUGCGCUGGUGGACCGAAGCUCCCAUAUCCCAUACAGAGAAUCGAAGCUCACCCGGUUGCUUCAAGAUUCCUUGGGAGGGCGGACCAAGACCUGCAUCAUCGCGACCAUUUCGCCAGCCAAGAGCAACCUCGAAGAGACCAUUUCGACUCUUGAUUAUGCUUUCCGUGCCAAAAACAUCCGCAAUAAGCCUCAAAUCAACCAAGUCAUUAACAAGAAGACGUUAUUGAAAGAAUUCACGGCAGAGAUUGAGAAGCUCAAGAGCGAGCUUAUUGUCACCAGACAACGCAGUGGUGUCUACCUGUCCAAUGAAGCAUACGAGGAGAUGACGGUACAAAGCGAGUCUCGACGAAUUCUUGCGGAAGAACAGGCAACGAAGCUCGAGAUGCUAGAGAACAAUCUUCGGAACAAGGUACAAGAACUUUUCUCUCUGACGACGAGCUUUAUGGGGUUGAAGAAGGAUCAUGACGGAACCAAGGCACAGCUCGAUGAAACAAAAGAAGUGCUCGACCAAACUGAGCUUGUCCUUGCUGCAACCCGUAAGACUCUAGCCGAAGAGACACUAGUGAGGAAAGCACACCAGGAGACUGAGCAGAAAUUGAGUGCCAUUGGUGGAGAGCUAAUCACGACACUGGGGAAGACGGUUGGGGAUGUUGAAGGUCUCCGAGCCAAGAAUAAAAGGAAGUCGGACCUACAAAGCCUGAACAGAAGCACAUGGAGCAUGUCCCAAGCACAGGUGGCUGAUAUUACUGAGCUUGUCGAGAACCGCAUACAAGAGUUCCAGAAGGGCCAAGCAGACCAUAUCUCCAAUAUCUCUCAGAGGAUGCAGAACUUCGUCCAGGAAGAACUAAAGAAGCUCUCUUCCACGCAAUCUCUGCUCGACGAGAAUCUUAAUCAAUUCAUGAGAUCAAAGAAGGUGCUUGCUGAGCAGAAAGACAAGUCAAAAGAUGAGAUGGACAAUGUUCUUGAGGAGAUCAAAGUUGUCCGAGACAACAUCAAGGAGCGUGUCGGUGAAAGCCUCCAUACUAUCGCAACAGCCGCGGAAAGAAUCGCUGAAGAUGUGCUUAGCGAACUGAGCACAUUCCACAAUCAGCUGCAUUCUUCGUACAGCUCUCUUGGGAAAGACUGCAAGUCGAUCUUCGAUGAGUUGCUCCGUCAUAUUAGCGUGCAGCGGAGCGAAUCAGAAAGCCUUCGACGACAGCUUGAAGGAGCAAGCGAAAACAUGGUUCAGUCAAAUGCUUCGAUAUCGACGCGGAUUCAGGAUGUUGUUAGCGAAGAAAGGAGACAGGCUGCUGAGGAUCGACAGAAACUAUUGGCACAGAUAACCAGCCUCAUCAAUGCCCAGGCCGAGAUUCAGGAGUCUCGUCUUGCUAGCCGGACUGCACUGAUUCAAGAUACUAUUCUGGACUCAAACACCGAAUUCCAAGGAGAAGUCACGAAAUACUCCCAAGCCAUGGAUGGUUGGGACUCCAAGGAGUCUCGGUUCUUGGAUGAUGUGACCAAAUCACGCGACGCCCUCAAAACGAAAUUGAAGGACGAUUGGACUGUGGCAAACGGCCAUAGCAGCUCAAUUCAAACCACCACCAAGUCUGUGCAUGCUGAAACCGUUCGUGUUGUUAACGAGCAGUUAAGAGAUCUGGACGUCCAGAUGAAGGAUCUAGACGAUUUUGUCACCCAUGCUCGAUCCCACAAUAGUCAACACCAUGCUCAGCAUGAUGAGUCUUUGCAACAGCUGUCAACUACGGUCGAGACAUCGUUUGGCAACAUCUCAGCCGAUUCCAAGGCCACCUACGAACGGGUCAAGGAUCUCGGAGAUGCGAUGGAUGCUGACACCAUGAAGCUGCGUGAGCAUCUUGACCCCAUAGAGGAGGAUUUCCGGCAACCCCUUGCGACCCUGCGCGAAGACAUCUCAAGCACCAUCCUUCGAGAGUAUGAACCGACCGGCGAUACUCCCGCAAAAAUCCAGUAUCAGUAUCCGACUGAACUUCCGCGAACGGCAGCUCACCAAACCCUCAUUGGCAGCGUGCCAGACGUUCCGUCGCCAAGCAAGGCAACCCAGCCGAUCUUCAACGACUUUGAUACAUCGGACAGGGCAAGAUCACCGUCUCGACCAACGUCUUCUGGCCUGGGCUUAGAGCGCAACCCUCUGAGCAUGUCUCUCCGCGAGGUGAAUCCUAACUUGACUACCGGAUCUAGCAACGCUCUCUCAAUAUUCCUUGCACCUUACCUUACCGUAAUUACCUCGUUUACUACCCUCUGCAACGGCAUCAUCAACAUGGACCCCGAAACGAAAACAAGCGGUACUCAGGAUGUCGUGCUGUACUACAGCGAGGGAUGGAAUCGCCCCGGCCGUUUGAAGGUGGUCGUCCCCAACGGAUCAGUCGAAGAUAUCUUUCAGAUUGAAGGUUUCAGGGCUCUCCAAAUACAUCUGGGUCCUAUGACUGAUGUUCUGCUUUGCCCGACACUUGCCUCGCACGAUACACUACUCGGCCCUCCUCCACUCAAGAUCAUCGUCAUCAAAAACCUGAUCGUCAUCUUCCAGGCUCUGUGCAUUCUACAGGAUGUAUGGCCGCCCAUGAACGCGGCCAGAAAUUUCAUUCAAGAUGCCUACUAUGGUCUGGAGAAGACGCUGAGUAGCAUCUUCUCGAUUGAGAAAUUAAGAGGCGAUAGAAAGCAUGGAAACCUUGUGCGCGCGAUCAUCACCAUGUACACCAACGCCCGCCGAGAUGAAAGGCGUUCCUGGGAGACCAAAGGCUCACCACCAGUCGCAACCGAUAGUCUUGUUUGCCUGCUCCACAGACUGGUAGACGAAUGGAUCCGAUUCAAUGAUUCCGGCCGCCCGCUGCAUCCAAUCCGUCUCUCUCACAAGGAAGAUCGCCCUGCGCUCUUUAAACUUCGACACUUUGUCAUGGAGACAUACGUUUCCGACCAAGUCCGCAUUGGAGAGAUUUUCCAUACCAUGUGGUUUUGGAUCGACAAGAAGAAUCGAAAGCGGGUUCGACCUCCCCUCACCAUCAAGAAACCCGCCAACCUGGCGCGUCUGGUGAAGAGGAAGGCUCGUAAGAACAAGAAAUCUCUCAAGCAGGCAAUCGAAGAUGGUGUCACGAAGUUCGGUCAUCUCAUGGAGGAUAUCGCCAAUAUAAAGCUUGUAUCCUGA